CUGGAGCUAAGUUAAUGAAGGCGUCUGGAGGCGGCCGGACUUCCGGCGUUGCUCUAGCUGUGCUCUUCUUGCAGCUGUGGGUGGAGACCAGCACUAGGAGAGCCGCGUUGCCGAGAAGAGGGUCGGGGACCCUCGUGGCGCCUGUGCGCGCGCCGUGACCCUCGGAAAUAACCCCAUUUUUCUAAGACUCGGUGUCGCCCACUGCGGAACGGGUGCCGGAGGGUCAGGGCCUCCCGCGGGCGGUUCCCUGGGCUUUGAGCACAUUUUACACGGAGGAGACCUAGCUUCGAAGGUUCCGCGGUCGGCCGGAGGUUCCUGCGCCCAAGGCGGGGUGGUAGGUACGGAUUUGAGCUGAGUAGACCGGAAUUCGGCGCCUAUCGCAGCCAAGCUCCGUCCACAGCUUCCGAUGGCCGAGGAGGCGCUGGGGCUGGUGACCUUUGAGGAUGUGGCUGUGUAUUUCUCCCGGGAGGAGUGGGGGCUCCUUAAUCUGACUCAGAGGAGCCUUUACCGUGAUGUGAUGCUAGAGAACUUUGCACUUAUUGGCUCGCUGGGAUUUGCAUCUUCAAGGUGCCAUGUGGUUGCCCAGCUGGAGAGUAAAGAAGAGUUCUGGGUUCCCAGCAUGGUGGACCUGACUCUGGUCAGCAGAGUUGAGGCCACGAGGGGUCCUGGUCUUGGUUGUCCGUGUAGCCUGAAGGAUGGGGAAACCCCUACAGAGCAGAUGAAGAGUUACAGAGUCUACCUGUCAGAGAAGCCCUCUCUGCUUGGGGAGUCUGGGAAGGACAUGCCUACCACCUUAGGUCUUCUCCGGCACCAGGCCACCCACAGCAAGGGGAAGCCACACAGGAGCACCGAGCAUGGAGAAGCCUUCCAACCCAGCUCCAGUAGCCAACAGCAGCAGGCAGUCCACGCCACCCAGAAGGCCUUCAAGUGCAGUGACUGUGGGAAAGCCUUCCCAAAGGCCUUUGCGCUCCUUGACCACCUGGUAACCCACCCCAAAGAGAGACCCUUUAGAUGUCCAAAAGGUGGAAAUGCCCCCAAGGAGAAAUCCACCCAUGUUAAUUACCAAAAAAUUCACACUGGAGAAACAUCCCAUGUGUGUACUGAGUGCGGAAAGGCCUUUAGUUAUCCCUCUAAACUGAGGAAGCACCAGAAGGUUCACACGGGCAUAAAACCUUUCAAGUGUGAUGAAUGUGGCAAAACCUUCAACCGCAAAGAUGCACUCGUUCUGCACCAGAGAAUUCACACUGGAGAAAGGCCUUAUGAGUGCAGCGAAUGUGGGAAAGCCUUCAGCGUUCUGUCUACUCUCAUUCGGCACCGGAAAGUUCACAUUGGAGAAAGGCCCUAUGAGUGCAGGGAAUGUGGGAAGUUCUUUAAAUACAACCAUAGCUUCAUUCUCCAUCAGAGAGUUCACACUGGAGAAAGGCCUUAUGAGUGCAAGCAAUGUGGGAAAACUUAUGUGACCCGCUCUGGCCUGUAUCAGCACUGGAAAGUUCACACUGGAGAACGGCCCUAUGAGUGCAGCCUGUGUGGGAAGACCUUCACCACCAGGUCCUACCGCAAUCGGCACCAGCAGUUCCACACUGAAGAGAGGUCCUAUGAGUGUACAGAAUGUGGGAAAGCCUUCAAACAUAGUUCUACCCUUCUUCAGCACAAGAAAGUCCACACUGGAGAAAGGCCAUAAGAAGACAGGGGAUGUUGGAAAGCCUGUAGCUAGGGCUGGCACCUUGUUCAACAUGAAAAACCUCACUCCAGAAAGGAGAGGAGAGUAGCCAUUUGAAAGCUAAACCUGACACACCCCAACACAUGCGCUGGGGUGGCAGGUGUGUGGGAAGUUUUCAGGAGCUAGGUUGCACUUGGACCUGCCUAGGCUGUUGGCAGUGUUAAGUUGCUGCCAGUUUCCAUGAUACAAACCAUCUCAGCUCCACCACCUGGCAGGUGCCCAAGGUGUGCAUCAGGCACCGCAAUGUGCUCUGGAACAGCAAGACCUCCAUGGUCGCCACUCUUUAAAGGAGAGAAUCAUGAGUGGUGGAGUCCGUGAUGGGCCUCAUUUGCUCCCUCCAACUGGUUCAGGUAUGCCUGUGACCAAGCUCUGGUCAAGAGUAGCUGAGCUGUGUCUACUGGGGGCUUCCAGAGAAGGUUAAUCCUUUCCAUGGACAUCGUUUACACUACGCGUGGUACCUGUCAUGGAUUUAUCCAACCCUGGAACUGACUGUCUCACACUUCCCUGGAAUGUAUGUUUGCACUGGGCGGACCUGGAGUCUGAGACCUAGAAGAGCAGCUGGAUUUGCUGUAGUGUAAUGUCACCCUUCAUGGAUGCCACCACAUUCAGAGGUUCAUCCCCAUCUCUUCUCCAUGCAGCAAAGUAAAAUUCCCAAAGGAAUUUCACAUCAGGUCCACCAGGACAUCCAGCUCUGCUUUUAGGAAAAGUCACCGCGAAGAGGCGGCAGCAACAAUGCCUUCUCAUCCACCAAGCAGUAUGGAUGGAUACUGCAUGCUGAAGCCUCUCAUGUCAGAAAACUCCAGGUCUUUCUCCCCCCAGGUCUCAUGGAAGGACACAGGGGAAUGUAUAUAGCCCACAUACAUGUUUUGUCAAACUGCUUUUCUACCAAAAUGUUUUUUCAAAUGGCUUCUAACAUAAAACCAAAAGCCACAUAAAAAUCUGCAUAUCUGGCUCUUCUUGGAAAGCCAAGACAUCUAAGAAACCCAUAUUAAUUCAACCAUGUUGUCUCCCCAUCCCUUAAAAAGGACAGACUUCCUUGGUGGCUACCCGAAAUGGGGUAAUGAAGGCCAUGACUAUGCAAUCUUCUAGAAACUCUGGUUAUUCACAUAAACCACUCUCCAGACCAUGAGCUCUAUCCUCUCAAUGUCAGAGUUCUUGUGUGGUGACAGCCACGAGGUGAACAGCUCAGGAAGAAUAUAGGAAUUCAUAAAACACUUAUUUGGAUUUGCAUUAUGGGUGCUACACAGGUCUGCGGAUCUUAAGAAGUUCUGCACCCUUGGGGCACCUGGGUGGCUUGGUUGGUUAAGCACCCAACUUUGGCUCAGGUCAUGAUCUCACGGUUUGUGGGUUUGAGCCCCUUGUUGGGCUCUGUGCUGAC